CACAAACCAAGCUCACAAUGGACGCAAUCAUCGAGUCCGGUCGUAAGAUCUGGGAGGGCGAAAUUGGUCAACGUCUGGUCGAGAUGUUCAGUACGACACUGUUGACCACUGCCGGAAUCAUUGCCUUCAUGGUCGGCUUCGCAACUCAAAACAUUCAAUACACUCUCUGGAUUUUACUUGCCGGAGCUGCUCUCGCAUUCGUCGUAUGCGUGCCGCCGUGGCCAUUCUACAACAACGAUCCUGUCAAAUGGCUGCCUGCAAAGAAGUCUGGCCCCGUCUCGGACAUAAACAUCACAGUCGAUGGGAAGAAAGUGCAA